AUGACUGGUCUCUCCGGUUCUGGAAAGUCUACCAUCGCAAAGGCAUUGGAAGAAACGCUCGUUUUGAAGUAUGGCAAACACGUGCAGAUGCUAGACGGUGACAAUGUACGCACCGGCCUGAAUCGCGACCUUGGAUUCUCUCCUGCAGAUCGUGCUGAAUCUGUUCGCCGCGUUGGCGAGAUGGCCUGUCUUUUCAAUGGCGGUGGUGUCAUCACCCUAGUAACUCUGGUUAGUCCGUAUCGUGCGGAUCGGGAAGCAGCUCGACAGCGCCACGAGGAUCAGGGGCUCAAGUACCUCGAGGUGUUCAUGAACGUUCCCCUGGAUGUCGUCCAAGAGCGCGAUCCCAAGGGCCUCUAUGCUAAGGUUGCCGCGGGCGAACUCAAGGGAUUUACUGGAGUCGAUGCACCGUACGAGCAGCCCCUGCACCCCGAUGUUGACCUGCCUAAUUGGGACCUUGAACUGGACGAGUGCGUUCGUAUAUUAAUCGAGAAGCUUCGUGUCGAAGGUGUCCUUGACGGAGGGCCAUCUGACCCUUCGGGUUUACCACUGCCGCCAGGGUUCACGGGGGCAUGGCUUGAAGAUGAGCUCAUCAUUUCAAAUAACAAGUUUUCUGCUUCUUCAGCUCUAGCUACAAAGCGGGCCGCAGAGGAUGGAUCUCUGCCACAAGCACGCCUAAAUGAUAUUGACGUCAUAUCGGAGGGCUGGGCCCCCCCCCUUCGUGGUUUCAUGCGCGAAGGCGUGCUGCUUCAAGCCCUACAUUUCAAUUCACUGCUAAUCGAUCCAUUUGACGACGUGGGAGCCAAAGAGCUCAACUUUCAGCAGACCAAUUGGAACAAUAAUGAAGUACGCGGAAGAAAGCGCGUGAGUAUGGCCGUGCCAAUCGUUCUGCCAAUUACUGAAUUCACCAAAUCCGCUAUCGAGACCUCGCCAUCCGGCGCGGUUGCGCUGAUCGACAAAGAUGGACAUGCACUAGGAGUGCUCAAGAACCCCGAAGUGUAUCCAAACCGAAAAGAGGAAAUUGUCAGCCGUUGCUUUGGUGCAAUCGAUCCAGGCCACCCGUACAUAGCGCAUGUUUAUUCGGGUGGGAACUACUUGCUAGGCGGGGAGGUGGAAGUGUUUGAACCAAUUAGAUACAGGGAUGGUUUAGAUAAAUGGCGGCUGACACCGAAGGAACUCUAUACCAAUUUUAAGGCAAAGGGCGCUGACGUGGUCUUUGCAUUCCAGACUCGCAAUCCGACGCAUGCUGGUCACGCAUAUCUGAUGCGCACAGGGCGCGAGCGCCUUGUUGCUGCGGGCUACCAAAAUCCAGUCUUGUGGCUCUCUCCUCUUGGCGGGUGGACCAAAAGCGACGACGUGCCUCUUGAUGUUCGU